AUGGAAACCGAACAACUGCUGCCGCCGUAUGGCCUGUCGGGCCACCACGCAUGCCGGUUAAAGAUGUACUAUGAAGGUGGCCGUGAGUUCACCGAAGGCCUUGUGGAACACAUCACUUUUGGCGACCAAGGGUUCCUCUUGGCCGGCCUGCGGAAAGUGAAUGGGGCAUACCACAUUCUGGUCCACUGGCUAGGUCUAGAUGAGCUCGAGGCCUCCUGA